AUGGUCAUUGAAAACCAGAACCGCCAAUAUGGCGGGAUGGGCUUCGACAAUGUUUAUCAACACAAUAUGCCACACCACAAUCCUCCCCAGUUCACCGACCCUUGGUCCGCUGCGCAUACUUCGUCCCAUUCCACCCCGCCUGUGUAUGCGACUUCCAUGAGUCUCAACCAUGGCAAACAAGAUGAAGUGAGCCGGCCGUCGCCCAUGUCCAUGCCGCCGUACUCGAGUAUUCCCGUCUCUGCGCCGUCCAUGGUUACUGGAAGUAAUUAUUCGACCACAACCACAACAAGCUACCCUGGCCCCGAGGUCAUGGGCAUGCAGCACGAUUUGCCGCGUACCUCCUUCGAACAGGCCCCUGCUUAUACCACGGCUUCGCCGAUGACCACCUUCCCACCUGCAAGCUAUGCACCUCUGAGCUAUGCUCCAUCUCUUCACCAAGACCGUCGGAUAUCCCAUGCUGAUGCCCGUGUGGGACCGCCUCAACCACCCCCAGCCCCUACCUUCGGUGAUGCGCUCGAUGCCAGUCGCGGAAUGGUUGCCCUUAGCCAGGACUUAACACCUCGUAACAUUUACGGCCCACGCAACUCGAGGGCCUCGGGAGAUUCUUACGGCUUCCCUUCUACCCAUUCUUCUGGAUCUUCAAUCUCUUCAGGAGGGACCUAUCCUUAUUACAGUGCCUCUGUCGCUUCGGUUGAAUCAUCUGUGACGGACUAUAGCUCCACGACAUCCGAGUCAUACGAGAAUGGACACUUGUCGCGGACUCUUCCUCGCCCAUCGAACCUUCUAUCUGGCAGCGCGCCUCCUGGACCUCAGUCGAUGAUGAGCCAAUUCAGCUCGAAAAUGCCAUCGAACACCCAGAAGAAGCACAAGUGCAAGAUUUGUGAUAAACGUUUCACUCGACCCUCCUCUUUGCAGACUCACAUGUACAGUCACACUGGCGAGAAACCUUUCGCAUGUGAUGUGGAAGGAUGCGGUCGACAUUUUUCGGUUGUUUCAAACCUUCGACGGCACAAGAAGGUCCACAAGGGCGAAAAGGAUGGAGUUUCAGGUGAAGAUGACGAGUGA